AUGAUUCCUACCGAGGACGCGUCCGCCAGGAAGCGAGAAAUUGAGGAGAAACUCCAGCAGGAACAAGAAACUCUGGCCUUCAUCCGCGAGAACCUGGAGAAGAGCGAUCAGCUGACAAAUGGAAUGGUGUCCAUCCUGUCGUCAUUUGAGAGCCGUCUGAUGCAGUUGGAGAACGCCAUCAUUCCGGUCCACAAGCAGACCGAGAACCUACAGCGUCUGCAGGACAAUGUGGACAAGACGCUGUCCUGCAUGGACCACGUUAUCAGCUACUACCACGUGGCCAAGGACACGGACCGCAUCAUUAGGGAAGGGCCUACGGGUCGACUGGACGAAUACCUGGCGUGCAUCGCCAAGAUCCAGAAGGCCGUCGAGUACUUCCAGGACAACAAUCCCGACAGCCCGGAGCUCAACACCGUGAAAGGGCGCUUGGAGAAGGGCAAGGAGCUCCUGGAGGCGGAGUUCCGCAGCCUGCUAACCCGUUACAGCAAGCCGGUGCCGCCAGUCCUCAUCCUGGACGCCAUCGGCGGAGAUGAAGAGCUGGACACCGCCGAGGACGUGCUGCUGGAGCACCUGCCGCAAGCCGUCCUCCACGACAUCAUCUGCAUCGGCGGCUGGCUGGUCGAAUACGGCCGCAAUCAAGAUUUCAUGACGGUUUACUUCCAAAUCCGCUCCAGUCAGCUGGACCGCUCCAUCAAAGGUCUGAAGGAGCACUUUCGCAAGAACAGCGCCUCGUCGGGCAUUCUCUACUCGCCCGCCGUGCAGGCCAAGCGCAAAGACACGCCCACCAAGAAGGUGCCCAAGAGGCCCGGGACCAUUCGCAAGGCUCAGAACCUUCUCAAACAGUACUCACAGCAUGGGCUGGAUGGCAAAAAGGGGGGGUCCAACCUGGCACCAUUGGAAGGUUACGAUCACGACCCGCGAGUCAGGCACGUCUCCGAGGCUCCGGUUGACAAGCUCGCCGGCCCCCCAGGCAGAGACGACGCGCUGGACGCCGAGAUGGACGCGUACAUCCACUGCAUCAGCGCCUUCGUCAAGCUGGCGCAAAGCGAGUACGCCCUCCUGUGCGAGGUCAUCCCCGAGCACCACCAGAAGAAGACCUUCGACUCGCUCAUUCAGGAGGCUCUGGAUAACCUGAUGCUGGAAGGCGACAACAUCGUGGGCGCCGCCCGCCGCGCCAUUCUACGCCACGACUACUCGGCCGUGCUCACCAUCUUCCCCAUCCUGAGGCACCUGAAGAUCAACAAGGCAGACUUUGACGCCACGCUGCAGGGGACGGCGGCCAGCACCAAGAACAAGCUGCCGGCGCUCAUCGCAUCCAUGGAGAGCAUCGGGGCCAAAGCGCUGGAGGAGUUCGCCGACAGCAUCAAGAACGACCCCGACAAGGAAUACAACAUGCCCAAGGACGGCACGGUGCACGAGCUGACCAGCAACGCAAUCCUCUUCCUGCAGCAGCUGCUGGACUUCCACGAGACUGCGGGCGCCAUGUUGGCCUCACAAGUCCUGGGGGACACUUACAAUAUCCCCUUAGACCCCCGAGAAUCCACAUCUUCAUCCAGCAGCUACACGUCAGACUUCAACAAGCGACUCCUCAGCACGUAUAUCUGUAAAGUUCUGGGGAACCUUCAACUCAACCUGCUCAGCAAGUCCAAAGUGUACGAGGACUCUGCUCUGAGCGCUAUUUUCCUCCACAACAACUACAAUUACAUCCUCAAGUCUCUGGAAAAGUCAGAGCUGAUCCAGUUGGUGACGGUGACUCAGAAGCGAGCGGAGAGUUCCUACCGAGAACUCAUAGAGCAACAAAUCCACGUUUACCAGCGCAGCUGGCUGAAAGUGACGGAGCACCUGACCGAGCGGAACCUUCCCGUCUUCCAGCCCGGCGCCAAGCUCAAGGACAAAGAACGGCAGGUCAUCAAGGACAAGUUCAAGGGUUUCAACGAGGGUCUGGAGGAAAUUUGCAAGAUCCAGAAGGGGUGGGCCGUCCCCGACAAGGAGCAGAGAGACUUCAUCCGGCGGGCUCAGAGGACCGUCGUCAGUGACGCUUACGCCGCGUUCCUGCGCAGAUGUGCCAACCUGCCUUUCACCAAGAACCCCGACAAGUACCACAAAUACCGUCCGGAGGAAGUGGAGGACAUGAUCGACAGACUUUUCGACACCUCCGCUUGA